CUGGACAGUUCUUAUCAUAACCCCAUUUCACAGACAAAGGCUUAGGAGGGAAAAAGAACCAAACUGUUUCCUGUGUUAGCCAUUUUCAUGCUGUCCAGCCCCAAACGCCCAGUUCCCAUCCCUGAUGCUUCUUGUGCCUGUGUCUUGAACCUUCACAGUGGGGUGUGGAGUGGGGGGUGUCUGUUGGAUAGCUUUCUGCAGUUUCUUUAUAAAUCUGCAUUGUUGCUUCUGGUUUAUGGCCAUGAAGAAAAUACCAGCCCCCACCCAAAAUGCACCGCAGCCAAGUCGGUUAAAGGCAAUGAGUGUUGGAGUCAGUAGGGGGCGCAUUCUCUGCACUGGGUAAGGCUGCAGAGGGGGGAAGGGCCCCAGAACUAGAACAGGAUGUGCUUAACAGCGCCUUCUACAGACCAUGUGAAAAUGGGCCCAGCAAGACUUGCACUUGGUGAGCUGACAGCAACAUGGCGAAGGAUUAAGUGAGUCUGGAGAGAGAUUUUAUUUAAGAACACCACCUUUCCGUUUGGAAAGUUGUCUUUUUUACUUUUCAAAAGUAGUCACCCUCAGACUCUAGAUUGCUGAUCAGUCACCUCGGUGCACAUCUUUGGGCCAUGAGUUCCUUUUCUCAAGAAUCCUUCCACCUUAAGGUUUGAGUGUAUCAGUAUCUCUUUCCUAGGCCAGGUGGGGGGGGUGCUGUUUAAACAUGAAAAGAAUGGGCUUGGGGUAUCACUGGUCAGUCCAAAUCUCUCCAACUCUUUUGAGAGUGAAGUGUCAUUCUUGAGAAGUUUUUUGGGGUGGUGAUUUUGAGAGCCAUGAGAGAUGGUUGUCAUGAUUUGCAAGGCUUUGUUGGUAAACACCAGGUCCCCAUUGACUUCUUUGUCAAACUUAAUAGAGUUGGUUGCAAAAUUGUGUUGCCUUCCAACUUCAGCCUUCCAGAAAUACAAUGUUAGUAGCCAACUGCCUUUGCAAGUGUUGACACCAGUCUUGUGUGCGCACCCACUUUCUUAGGGUCUGUUGAUUUCUGUAGAUUUUACUCCUGUUGUUAUUUCCAUAGGUGUGAGAUGCACAGUACGAAACCUAGGCCCCAACUUUUACACCGUGAUGCACAGGGUUGCACUUUUUGUACUGAACUGAUAGGUGGCCUAGUGGUUAUUCCCUGUACUGCCAUUUUGAGGAUCUGGACUCCGUUCCCUGCCUUGCUCUUUGGACUACAUUGUCAAUUCACACCGGUGGGUAUAUCUUUUUGGAGGAUGGGGACUGCAGCAUCAGGGAAGCCAGAGACUUCGUCUUCUUGGUCACCAGCAAAACUUAUAUUUCAAAGAUUUCAGCCUAGCCACAUCCCUCAAGGAACUGGUUAGAGCUGGUUGCACUAGAAACUAUGUUCCAACUUCCUGUCAACAAUCUUGGCAGUUUAAGAAAAGCCCGGAAAACUGUGAAAAAAAUACUUAGUGACAUUGGGUUGGAAUACUGUAAAGAACAUAUAGAAGAUUUUAAACAGUUUGAACCUAAUGACUUUUAUUUGAAAAACACUACAUGGGAGGAUGUAGGACUGUGGGACCCUUCACUUACAAAAAAUCAGGACUAUCGGACAAAACCUUUUUGCUGCAGUGCUUGUCCAUUUUCCUCAAAGUUCUUCUCUGCCUACAAAAGUCAUUUCCGGAAUGUCCAUAGUGAAGACUUUGAAAAUAGGAUUCUCCUUAAUUGCCCUUAUUGUACCUUCAAUGCAGAUAAAAAGACUUUGGAAACACACAUUAAAAUAUUUCAUGCUCCAAACUCCAGCGCCCCAAGUAGCAGCCUCAGCACUUUCAAAGAUAAAAACAAAAACGAUGGCCUUAAACCUAAGCAGGCUGACAAUGUAGAGCAAGCCGUGUAUUACUGCAAGAAGUGCACUUACCGAGACCCUCUUUAUGAGAUCGUCAGGAAGCACAUCUACAGGGAACAUUUUCAGCACGUGGCAGCGCCCUACAUAGCAAAGGCAGGAGAAAAGUCACUCAACGGUGCAGUGCCACUAGGUGCAAAUGCCCGGGAAGAGUGUAACAUCCACUGCAAGCGAUGCCUUUUCAUGCCCAAGUCCUACGAAGCUUUGGUGCAGCAUGUCAUUGAGGACCAUGAAAGAAUAGGCUAUCAGGUCACUGCCAUGAUCGGGCACACAAAUGUUGUAGUUCCCCGAGCCAAACCCUUGAUGCUGAUUGCUCCCAAGCCUCAAGAGAAAAAGGGCAUGGGACUCCCACCAAGAAUCGGUGGUUCUCUUGCUUCUGGAAAUGUCCGGUCUUUGCCAUCACAGCAGAUGGUGAAUCGAUUGUCAAUACCAAAGCCCAACUUAAAUUCGACAGGAGUCAACAUGAUGUCCAAUGUUCACCUACAGCAAAACAACUAUGGAGUCAAGCCUGUGGGCCAGAGCUAUGGUGUUGGCCAAUCGGUGCGGCUGGGUCUCGGUGGCAAUGCUCCAAUUUCCAUCCCUCAGCAGUCUCAGUCUGUGAAACAGUUACUUCCGAGUGGAAAUGGGAGGUCCUACGGGCUAGGUGCUGAGCAGAGGCCCCCGGCAGCAGCCAGGUACUCCCUGCAGACUGCCAACACCUCCUCUCUACCCUCAGGCCAGGUGAAGUCUCCCUCUGCGUCUCAGUCACAGGCGUCUAGAGUAUUGGGUCAGUCCAGUUCUAAACCUCCACCAGCAGCCACGGGCCCUCCUCCAAGCAACCAUUGUGCCACUCAGAAGUGGAAAAUAUGUACAAUCUGUAAUGAGCUUUUUCCUGAGAACGUCUACAGUGUUCACUUCGAAAAGGAACAUAAAGCUGAGAAAGUCCCAGCAGUAGCUAACUACAUUAUGAAAAUACACAAUUUUACUAGCAAAUGCCUCUACUGUAAUCGCUAUUUGCCCACAGAUACCCUACUCAACCAUAUGUUAAUUCACGGUCUGUCUUGUCCAUAUUGCCGUUCAACCUUCAAUGAUGUGGAAAAGAUGGCAGCACACAUGCGAAUGGUUCACAUUGAUGAAGAGAUGGGGCCUAAGACGGAUUCGACUUUGAGUUUUGAUUUGACAUUGCAACAGGGCAGUCACACCAAUAUUCAUCUCCUGGUAACCACAUACAACCUGAGGGAUGCCCCAGCUGAAUCAGUGGCUUACCAUGCCCAAAAUAAUGCCCCGGUUCCUCCAAAGCCACAACCAAAAGUUCAGGAAAAGGCAGAUGUCCCUGUUAAAAGUUCACCUCAAGCUGCAGUGCCCUAUAAAAAAGAUGUUGGGAAAACCCUUUGCCCUCUUUGCUUUUCAAUCCUAAAAGGACCCAUAUCUGAUGCACUUGCACAUCAUUUACGAGAAAGACACCAGGUUAUUCAGACAGUUCAUCCAGUUGAGAAAAAGCUAACUUACAAAUGUAUCCAUUGCCUUGGUGUGUACACUAGCAACAUGACAGCCUCAACAAUCACCCUGCAUCUAGUCCACUGCAGGGGCGUUGGAAAGACACAGAAUGGCCAGGACAAGACAAACGCACCUUCUCGGCUCAAUCAGUCUCCAGGCCUGGCCCCUGUGAAGCGCACCUACGAGCAAGUGGAGUUUCCAUUGCUAAAAAAGCGAAAGAUGGAAGACGAUAGUGAUUCCCCCAGCUGCUUUGAAGAGAAGCCUGAAGAGCCUGUUGUUUUAGCUUUAGACCCCAAGGGACAUGAAGAUGAUUCUUACGAAGCUAGGAAAAGCUUUCUCACAAAAUACUUCAACAAACAGCCCUAUCCCACCAGGAGAGAAAUUGAGAAGUUGGCCGCCAGCCUAUGGCUGUGGAAGAGCGACAUUGCUUCCCAUUUCAGUAACAAAAGGAAGAAGUGUGUCCGUGACUGUGAGAAGUACAAGCCUGGGGUGUUGCUAGGUUUUAACAUGAAAGAGUUAAAUAAAGUCAAACACGAGAUGGAUUUUGAUGCUGAGUGGCUAUUUGAAAAUCAUGAUGAGAAGGACUCAAGAGUCAAUGCUAGCAAGACUGUUGACAAAAAGCUUAGCCUUGGGAAAGAAGAUGACAGCUUCUCAGAUAGUUUUGAACACUUAGAAGAAGAAUCCAAUGGAAGUGGCAGCCCUUUUGACCCUGUCUUUGAAGUUGAGCCUAAAAUUCCUAGUAGUAAUCCGGAGGAGCAUGUACCGAAGGUAAUUCCUGAGGAUGCUUUGGAAUCGGAGAAGCCAGACCAAAAAGAGGAGGAGGAUGGUUCGAAAUACGAAACCAUCCAUUUGACUGAGGAACCAACCAAACUAAUGCAUGACGCCUCUGAUAGUGAGGUUGACCAAGAUGAUGUAGUUGAGUGGAAAGAUGGAGCUUCGCCAUCUGAGAGUGGACCUGGCUCCCAGCAGAUCUCAGACUUCGAGGAUAAUGCAUGUGAAAUCAAACCAGGAACCUGGUCUGAUGAGUCUUCCCAGAGUGAAGAUGCAAGGAGCAGUAAGCCAGCUGCCCAAAAAAAGGCUACGGUGCAAGAUGACACAGAGCAGUUGAAAUGGAAGAAUAGUUCCUAUGGAAAAGUUGAAGGGUUUUGGUCCAAGGACCAGUCACAGUGGGAAAAUGCAUCGGAGAAUGCAGAGCGCUUACCAAACCCACAGAUUGAGUGGCAGAAUAGCACAAUUGACAGUGAGGAUGGGGAGCAGUUUGAUAGCAUGACUGAUGGAGUUGCUGAUCCUAUGCAUGGCAGCUUGACUGGAGUGAAACUGAGCAGCCAGCAAGCCUGAGAGCCUGGCAAGCCACGGCACAUGGGCCAUGUUGCAUCCUGGACUUCUGCUCUCCUUCCAGUCUGACUGCAAAGCUGUCUUCUAACUGGCACUACCUUGCAAGGACUGAUCAGUCAGCAGGCUUGUGGGGACAUGUGACCACUACAGUCCCAGUGGUUAUUUCUAAGUCUAUGACAUGUGAUUGGUUGACCUUGUUUCAAACCCUUCUCUGGUAGACUCAGUAAUGAGGU